GAGAAUAACCUUUUUUGUCGCAUGCUCUGCGCGGAUUUUGACUGCAUAAAAUAUGAAAUUAAAUUGCUAGCCAACAAAAUGGCGCCUGGGAAAAUGACAAAAAUAUGAGACAGAAGUGCAGGGUUUUCACGCCACUCCACCCCCCACCCCAUCCACGAAGCUCUUUUGGCACUUUGUUGCCAAUUCUCUUGGCGCUGUCGAGUUGAUGACUUGCAGCUGUCGCAUUUCUUUUCAGACUUUAGCAACUGCAGUGGAACCAAACGAAACGACUGUUGGCACCUGGUUAGCCACCACCAGGAGGAUGUGGAUGCGAGACUUGGGAUUUUAUUUGACGGAAAAUACUGCGGUACCUAAGAGGAAAGUCACCUUACAUACUCAUGGCAAGCCAAAGAAACUUAUAUGGGAAAAACAACAAGAGAUGUUUUUACAAGACUUUGGUUACAAAAUCAUACAUAAGUGUUAAGAGUUACCACGAAGUUCUCCCUUCGGAUUAUUCCAACUUUAGCACAUUAAGAUUCACACUGAUUUGGAAUCGUAGAAAACUCUGAGAUAGCAUUCUUACUAAUUUGUAUUUUCUUAAAUUAAUAAUUUUCUAACCCAUUCCGGUGAGCUAUAUCUGUUCAAAACAUGGGCGAAAAACGCUUUCGAAAAUUUUGCUUGGGCGUAAUACUGGCGGCUCUGGUCCUCUAUGCCGUUCUUUUUAUGGACACUCUGUUUUUCGAAACUGGCGGAAAAAUACAUAACGCAUUCUUUGUGAACACGGACGGUUGUCGGAUUAUAGCCAUGGAUGUGAUGAAUCCCACAAUUGCCAAAUAUACAAACUGGGAAUGGGAAGACAAGCGUUUCUAUCUCAAGUGUCCAGAUCAGACUUGGUUUAAAACAGAGGUGGCGAAUGGAGAUUGGUACCUGAAGCUGAUACGCGACAUCGAUAAGAUUCUAGAGGAGAACGAUUUAACUAAUGAUUGGCAGAUACACUGCUAUUGGUUUCGGGUGAAGAUCACAGGCCGCUGGGUUGCCAGUCUGUCUCAAAAAACCAAGUUUCCUCUAGAGUUUCCGUAUGCCGUGAAAGUUCCCAAAGGUGUGAGGGAAUUGCGUGUGAAGUGCUAUAAUAGUCUCACGAACAAAUCCUUGACUGAGGAUGCUCAUUUCUUCGUCCAACCACCACCGGAAUCGUUGCUGACGAAAGCUCCACCAACUUUAAAAUACUGGGAUGAGGAACUCAACUCAAAUAUUGAAACCCCACCGAUUUCCGUGAUGAUCGUGGGCCUAGAUUCCCUUUCUCAUCUCAAUUUUCUUCGUCAAAUGCCAAAGACAGCAGAGUAUAUGCAUCAGAAUAUGUCCCAUGUGGAGUUUUGGGGUUUCAACAAGAUCGGUUCGAAUACCUAUCCAAAUCUGAUUCCUAUGCUGACGGGUCUGAAUGAGACAGAGUCCGAUAAGUAUUGGCAAAAAGAUAAAUGCAUGGAUAAUUUACCACUAAUUUGGAAGGAUUACAAGGAGGCUGGCUACAACACUAGUUUUGCCGAGGACAUGGCCAUAUAUUCAAUGUUUUACUAUGGAAAGCCAGGCUUCAAGCGGCCAACGGCAGAUCAUAAUUUGCAUGAUUUGAUGGUAGAGCUUUAUAUCAUUAAACAGGAGAGUUCCAUGGCGUUUACUAACUGCGUGGGUGGAAGGACCUUCAUGGAUGUCCUUCUCGAAAUGAAUGAUAGACUGCUGCCGCACAAGCAACGAUAUCCAUUCUUCUCAUUUUACUGGUGGGCCAAUGGCUUUCAUGAGUUCCUCAAUUCCCCACGACUUGCUGAUGAAAGAUUUGAGCGAUUCCUGAAGAGCCUUAACAACGCCGGUAUUACCAAUAACACUAUUAUAUUCUUCAUGUCCGAUCAUGGUCUGAGAUGGGGACGCUUUCGCAGAAGCUAUCAGGGCAUGAUAGAGGAUAGCCAGCCCUUUUUGUCCAUCUUAUAUCCCGACUGGAUGAGGGUUAAGUACCCUUUGGCUAUUAAGAAUUUAGCUGGCAAUGCCCACAGCCUGAUAACCACCUAUGAUCUUCACGAGACUCUAAAACAUAUCCUGAAUCUGGAUUCUUUAAAAGAUAAUCCCAUUACCCAGAAGUCUGAAGAAUUGUGGAAGCUCAAGGGUUCGAAAACCCCAAAGGCAGUUAGCCUUUUCUUACCCAUUCCGACGUGGAGGACCUGCAGCACUUCCCAAAUACCCAGUAAAUUCUGUUUGUGCCACAAGCAAGUUUCCCUUCCUGAAAACAACCGAAUGGUCACCAAAUCGGCCAGCAUUAUUAUAGAUUAUGUUAAUCAGCUAAUGGCGGAAUAUCCUGUUUGCAUUCCCCUGCAAUUGGACUCGAUAGUUUCUGCCUAUUUUGCUGCCCCCGAAAGGGAUAAUGAGUACAGCAUCGAGAAGGGACACAAUCACCCGUAUUCCGAACAAGGACCUUUUUGGAACCGCAAAAAAUGUGACGCCAAGGACAUUAUAGUGCGUUUGAAGACCAAGCCGGGAAAUGCCUAUUUCGAGGGCAUGACCCGUAGGAGGGGCAGUACACUAUCUCUAGUCGGAGAGGUGGUUCGAGUUGGAAACGAUGGCAACAAAAACAACGACUGCAUCCAGAAUCCAUUGCUGGAACCAUUUUGUCAGUGCGCCGUCUAGGAUUUUCAUUGAAUUUAAUACAAAAAUAAAUACUAUAUAUACAUAUGUAUAUAAAUGAUAUCUUAGAAGACCUUUACAAGCCGUGAGGUUGAAUCCAGGAUUUUUAUU